AAAGUCGCGACGGGCAAGAGACGACCACGACUCAGCACGCAGUACGCGACAUUCUACAGCAGCACAGCACAUCGAGGCACAGCGACGACCAUGAGCAGCAGCAAUGCAUUCGCAGCACUCGCAUCCACAAGCGAUAGCCAGCCCACCAUCAACGUGGAUGAGACAUCCGAACACCCAACAACUCAACAGACUUUCGAGGCAAUAGGCAAGGACUCACAGCUGCUGCUCUCCGCUGGCCCAUUUCCCACAGGCUAUCCACAGUCGCGUACACAGCUAUUUGCGAUAUCUCCCGAUCAAUCGCAAUAUGCGUAUGCAACGAGUACGCACCAGCUAUGUACAGGACCCAUGCAGGAUCUACAUGACAAGCUGAGUGGCCUUCAGAAGAAGGCGGUAGAGUAUACGGCACCCAAGGUACAGCCUGUGGGUGCUCCUAUCACACAUCUAGCCUAUACCUCUAGCUCGCUUGUCGUGGCUACAGAGACGAAUAUUGCGAUCCUCACGCAUGAUCUGGUACAGACAGCCACAACGUCGCUCGACUGUCCAUUGCUGCAGCUUGUUCCGAAUCCAGUCGACGACUCGAUCGCAUUUCUAGGGACAGAUGGCAAGCUACGUGUUAGCAGUACAAGCAUUGCAGAUACAUGCACUGCCAUUGCUUGGAGUCAGCGUGGCAAGCAACUGAUUGCAGGACAUAGCGAUGGGUAUCUACGACAAUAUACACCCUCAGGCGCACUCAAGGCAUCUCUCCCUCCUCCAUCAGCAUCUGUGGGUAAAGUGAACGCGGUUGCUUGGUUGGAGAACAACCUCUUCUGUAUCCUUUACAGUGCUGCAGACGACGAACUUGCACUCUACCUCUUGCGUCGCAAUCCUUCGUCAACAGAGCUCAACUAUACUCUGCUGUACAACGCAUCGGGUUCUUGGGGAGACACCUCACACCCCCCUUUCUACACCAUCAUGCCCAUCUCCAAGACUUUGCUCUUAACGGCAUCCACCACUUCUGCUGAUAUCGGACUCAUCAGUACCGUUCACAAUGCAACUCUCUCCUUCACAACUACCUCUAUGAUGCGCUAUAGUGUUGAGCGCGACGUUGAAGUCUCCCUCGUUGGUAUUGCCAUUGAAACGCGUGGUACAGAAAAGAUUGUCUGGGUGGCUGAUAAUGAUGGUGGGUUAUCUGCUUGGAAGGUCAUUGACUCUGAACAUUCCCUCGUGGAGGACGCACUUGAGGUGACGCCUGCUGUUCAGGCUACUGCUGCUCAAGUGUCAGCAUCACCCUUCAGCGCAUCUGCUGCACAGGCAGUGCCAUCACCAUUCAGCUCAGCAUUCGCUCCAUCACAAACCAAUUCACCCUUCGCUGCUGCCAAUCCUACCACAACACCAGCCCAGGGUGCAUUCAGCACAAGCAGCAAUGCAUUUGGUAGUACAGCACCUGCAUUCGGUGCAAGCAGUGCCUUUGGGAAACCAUCAGCAUUUGGUAGCAGUGCUUUUGGUGGUACACCCACGUUUGGUGGCUUUGGUACGCCUACACAACAAGAGAAACCCAAUCCAUUUGCUGGGAUGGCUACAGCCACAGAACCAAAAUCUCCUGGCUUUGCCACGAGUGCGUUUGGAUCAAGUGCGUUUGGAAAGGGGUCGGCGAGUGCUUUUACUGGAUUCCCAUCUACGACCACAACCUCUGCUCCUGCACGAGCAACACCUUCUGAACCGAAACGCGCACCCAUUAUGCAAUUGCCGGAUAGUGAUGAGGAGGAGGGUGAAGAUAAGCUGGCUGAUAUUGAUGCAAAGGAACCGCAAACGACGACUUCAGGCGAUGCAUUCAAUAUGGGUGGACUAGGAUUUACUGGUGCAGCGGCAGCAGCAACCCCAACAGAAAAGACAUCCGUCUUUGGCAAGCCUGGCGGUUUCACGUUUCCAAGCGCACAAGCAGGUGGAUUCGGUUUCGGUUCUGCCAAGCCAGCAGCCACCACGACCGGUGGUUCAAUGGCGAGUUUUGGUUUUGGUCAAGGGUCUUCAAGUUUGCCAGCCAUGCCGAGUCCUGCUCCUGCACCACCUAUUGAGGACUCGCCUGCGCCUACCGGGGCUAGCAAGAAAGUGGUUGAUUUGCCCGCCAUGCCAGCACCUGCACCCGCGCCGCCUAUUGAGGAGGAUGCACCAUUACCACCAUCGCCGAAACUUGUGAAGUCUCCAGUCACAGAGGAUGCACCGUUGCCACCUGACCCAACGUCCGUCAAGACUGCAUUACCGGACGUCUCUGCAGCACUGCGUGCUACUCCAAAUCCUGUGGCGGAGAAGAAGCCGUUUGUAUUUUCUCUGCCAUCGACCUCUUCGAGCAGUACCUCUGAAGUCAAGGCAGAAUCGGGUACUGCUGUGCAUGAUGAAGUGAAACAAGUACCUCCCUUUGACUUCACAGCUGUUGCUGAUGCAACACCAUCAAAAGACGAUGAUUUUGCAAAGUUCUCCGAGGAGGAAGGUGAGUUUGAAACAGAUGAGGAUGCUGUGUCACCCUCAAAAGACGAGCCAGAUUCAGGACCUGAUUAUCACUCUGAUCACGAUGAUAGCGACGCUGCAGAAGAUUCAGACGAAGAGGAAGAAGAAGCCAGUGAUGCAACACAAAGUGAAGAAGAGUAUGAACCAAGCAGUUCUGCAUUCGGUCCCAAAGCAGCUGCUUUCCAAUUCGCAUCGAGUACGUCGUCUGAACAGCGUGCAUCACCGUUUGCACCCGUGUCAGAACAUUCGAGACCCGGUACUGCCUUUUCUGGUGGGAGUGCCUUUGAUUUCCGAAAAGCACCGAGUGUGCAGAAGGAUGCAACACCAGCAUCGCCGUCUGCAGCAAUCAGCUCGUCGUCGCCCGUUGCAGGUGCUGCUGAUGCUGCAGCAACUGAGAACCAGGAUGCUCCAAAAACGACCAAGUUUUCCAUUGGCUCCAACACACCUGCCUUUGACUUUACGAAACCUGCAUCCACGACUUCUGCUGCGUCUGAUAAGAAAGCCGUCGAACCUGUGAAGACAGCGGUGAAUGUCCCUGCUGCGUCAACAAAAGCGGUGGACAAGACCCAAGAGGUAUCCAAAGCUGCUACUGAUUCUCCGACAGCCUCGAAUGAGCUUGGCAAAGCCAAUUCAAGCAGUCCCUUCAAUUUCACUCCCGCACCAGAGAAGAAGGCUCAGCCGACCUUCAACUUUGGUGGGCCUGCAGCAACAGCGCAAAAGCCUGCGCAGCAAGUUUUCUUGCUUGGUAGUGAUUCGGAAGAAAGCCAAGGAAAACCAGCAUCGAACAAGCCUGUGCAAGUGGAGAGCAAGUUUGAAGCUGUUCGCACUGAUGCCGUCCCAUCAGCACCUGCGAAGGCUCAGGCUAUCGAUCCAGUCGCGCCAACGAGGGGUUCACGCGCUGCUGACGGGUCAUUGUCAAAACACACGUCAAAGUCCAAAAGCCCACAAGCACGAGGCAAGUCAAAGUCCAAGAGUCCUGAUGCACGGCGCGAGUCGUUUCCCAAGGGGCCACCUGUACUUGCCGCGUUCAAAACACUUGAAGAAGUGAGUCAGCCGAAGAGCACGGAAACGGAUGAAAUUGCUCGUCAGCUUGAUUUGCUAUAUCAGCAAGCAAAUCAAGAGUUGCCGAUAAUCUGAAGGCUAUGAAACGCUUUAUUGACGUAUCCAAAGAGGUUGAGGGCUCACUCCACCACGCUGGUGACAUUCAUGCAGAUGCCCUCUCACUCUUGGCAGAAGUGCAAUCCAUU